UCUUCCGAUCUCGCAGGAACGACCUAAGAAGCUUGCUAAACUCUCAAAGAACCCAGAGAUCUGUCUGAACGACGAAAACAACAUCGUACCUCCGCCUGAAUCAACCAUCGACUACGUCGCUUCCGAAAACCUCAAACCGUUUCCAGAUCCAGAAUCCUCUGUUCAGAGAUUACUGGAAGAAUUAGCAUCAAAGGAUUGGAUCAAAGUGUGUGAAUCACUCAACAACACAAGGAGAUUCGCAGUUCAUCACUCUUCUCUGUUGCUACCCAUUCUAGAGAAGCUUAUGGUCGUGAUGGUGAAAGCGAUGAAGAACCCUAGAAGCGCCUUGUGCAAGACUUCGAUUAUGGCUUGUUCUGAUAUCUUCAAAGCCUUUGCAGAAAAGUUGACUCUUUUGAAAACUAUGGACGAUCUGUUAUUGCAGCUGCUAAUGAAAGCUUCACAAGACAAGAAGUUUGUUUGUGAAGAAGCAGACAAAGCGCUGAACACGAUGGUGAACUCGGUGUCUCGUUUGUCUCUUCUGCGUAAGCUCAAAGCUUAUGUCCGACACAGUAACCCUCGCGUCAGGGCCAAGGCUGCCGUGUCUACUUCCAACUGCGUUUCUAAAAUGGAGGUAAAUGAAAUGGAAGAGUUCGGGAUGGUCAUGAUUGCGCAAAUGGCUGCGGAUUUGUUGAAUGAUAAGUUACCAGAGGCAAGGGAAGCUGCGAGGAGUAUGGUUAACUCUGUUUACGAGAAAUUCACAUGGAAUGAAGAGGAAGAAGGUGAAGAAGGAAACAAGCAAGAAGCAUGGCAGAGGUUCUGUGAGAAGAAUCUAACAGGGCUCAAUGCACAAGCUAUGAUCAAGAUCGUCUCAUCUCAAUAAAGUUUUCUGAAGAAGAAACAUCUUGUCUCUACGAUUCAUUAUGAUUUCACAUGAUUGUAAUAACAAUCUAUUCAGUUUCUUCCAUUCCUAUUAUAAUCCUCCAUUGUUGAUCUGAAUGAAUGCCUCCUCUUUAAUGCAAUAGUAUUGCUUUAUUUUGUUGUCCCCUUGCUUCAAAAGCUUUGAAACA